UCAGCAUCUUCGGGCUCGUGGGCGGCGCCGCGGCGGCCUCGCUGGAGGAGGCGGUGGCCGUGAUGGUGCCCAUGCCGGGCGAGGGGGCGUACCGGGCCGUGCCGUUCCUGGACCACCGGCACGCCCAGGGCCCCUGCCGGUACGCCCUCCGCGGCGGCGACCUCGCGCCGCUCGCUGCGAUCGCGGGCGCGCCGUCGGCGUGGCCACGCGCAGGAGAGCCCCCCGAACGUCAUCUUCCACAUCUCCCACACGGGGUCGACGCUGCUGUCGCGCGCGCUCGGGGAGGCGCCCGGCGCGUUGGUGCUGCGCGAGCCCCCGCUGCUGAGCAGGCUGGCGCAGUGGCACGGGCGCCAGGGCAGCAAGAAGCUGCUGUCACUGUGGCGGUCAGUCCUCCUCCCGUACCUGUCUCGCCGGUACGAUGCGAAGGACGUGGUGAUCGUGAAGGGGUCGUCACAUAGCCUGCGCUUCAUGCGGACAGCUCUGCGCGCAGAUCCGAACUCGCGCGCCGUGUUCAUGUACUGUGGCCUGCGCACGCAUCUGACGAUUGUGCUCGCCCGCCCCGACGACCUGCAGAAGGAACAACCGCAGCUCUACGACAAGCUCGAGGCCCCGCGCAGCAGUCUCAGGAAGUACCGAGCCGGCUCCGCUGCCUUCGAGGGCCUCUCGGCCCCGCAGCGGGUGGCGCUAUCCUGGCUCAAGCGCGUGCUCUUCGGCCUGCACGCGAGGGGGUCCUCCAGCGGCAGGGUGCUCGCGCUGCUCAUGCAGGACUUCCUCGACGACCCCGCGGAACGGCUCGCCGAGGCGGCCGCCUUCCUGGGGCUCGCGCUCGCCAGGCCGGCCGCGGAGGAGGUGGCGGCGGGCCCCGUGUUCCGGCAGUACGCCAAGGACUUCGGGACCCCGUGGAACGCCACGGUCCAGCGGCAGAUGCUGGCGGGGCGCGCGCGCGUCUACGGCGCCGAGGUAAGAGCAGGGCGUCGCCUUUGCCCGGCGGCUGGUCGACGGCGACGAAGCCCUCGAGGGCCUGCGGGCCCUGCUCGACCAGUGAGGCACAGGCUGGCUUGCAGCGCGCGCGCUCGCCGCCCACCUCCCCCUCCUCCCCCUCCUCGUCCUCCUCCCCCUCCUCCUCCUCCGGGGCACGGUGGCGGAUGAUGUUGAACAAAUAUGAAACUCAGCCAUGCUAGG